AAGCAAGAAGCAGAGCAAGUGAAGCAAGCAGAGGCCAGAGCAGAGAGCAAAGCGAGCAGCUGCGGCGUUCCAUCGCAUCUCCGGCACGCCGGCGACCGAGGCCGAUCAGGAUCAGGCAGGCAAGAUGGUGCAUCAAGCUCCCAAGGAGGUGAUCCCGCUGAUGACGCCGUACAAGAUGGGCCAGUUCCAGCUCUCCCACCGGGUGGUCCUUGCGCCCCUGACGCGGUGUCGCUCCUACGGCAACGUGCCGCAGCCGCACGCCGCCGUGUACUACUCGCAGCGCGCCACCAAGGGCGGCCUCGUCAUCGCCGAGGCCACGGGGGUGUCCGCCACCGCGCAGGGCUACCCGGAAACGCCCGGCAUCUGGACGCAGGAGCAGGUCGAGGCGUGGAAGCCCAUCGUCGAUGCCGUCCACCGCAAGGGCGCGCUCUUCUUCUGCCAGAUUUGGCACGUCGGCAGGGUCUCCAACAACAAGUUUCAGCCUGACGAGCAGGCGCCUAUCUCGAGCACGGACAAGCAGAUUUCCCCGGACCCCGAGUCCGGCAUGGUGUACUCCAAGCCGCGCCGGCUGCAGACCAAGGAGAUCUCGGGGAUCGUCGACGACUUCAGACGGGCCGCGCGGAACGCCAUCGAGGCAGGGUUUGACGGUGUAGAGAUCCACGGCGCGCACGGAUACCUCCUGGAGCAGUUCAUGAAGGACAGCUCUAAUGACCGCACGGACGAAUACGGCGGUAGCCUUGAGAACCGGUGCCGCUUUGCUGUUGAGGUCAUCGAUGCCAUCGUCCAUGAGGUGGGUGCGCACCGUGUGGGCAUUAGACUAUCACCGUUCGUCGACUUCGUGGAUUGUGUGGACUCCGACCCGAUAGCUCUUGGCCACUACAUGAUUCAACAGCUCAACAAGCACGAGGGCUUCCUCUACUGCCACAUGGUGGAGCCCCGGAUGGCUAUCGUCGAUGGCCGCAGGCAGAUUCCACACCGCCUCUUGCCAUUCAGGAAGGCGUUCAAUGGCACGUUCAUCGCCGCCGGUGGGUAUGACCGAGAGGAAGGCAACAAGGUAGUGGCAGAAGGCUAUGCUGACCUUGUCGCGUACGGAAGGCUCUUCCUAGCCAAUCCAGACCUGCCUAGGAGGUUUGAGCUAGACGCGCCGCUAAACAAGUAUGACCGCUCGACGUUCUACACACAGGACCCUGUCGUUGGAUACACAGACUACCCUUUUCUUGAAGAGGAUAGCAACAGGAAGGCUGCUACUCAAGCUUAAUCAUGGAUUUCACCGAAGCUUAAUCAUGGAUUUCACCGAUUUGAACAAGGCUAAUAAUGUGCAUGAUUCAUGCAUCAUUAGUUUAUUAUUGAUUUCCACUAUUCUUCAUCAUUAGUAUCAUUAGUACACACAUGUUUCUUUUUCGGACUGUUAGCUGAUAUGAAGAGAAACAAAUGUACGGGUGUAAUGAAAUAAAUCUGUUGAACCUAUUUUCCCUUUCAAAUGUUUCAUUCCUCCGGUUGAAUAUAGUACCAUUCCUUCA